AUGUCAAAGUACAAAUCUCAGUCCUUGAAAGAAACAGAGUUUGCUCUUUCUGCUCUCAUGGAGAUACCUCAACAAUACAAGGCCACCUUAGAGCUUAACCUUUUAGGAAGAAGAAAUGGGAAGAUCCCUGAACGAUUCCUUCUUCCACCUCCAAUGCAUGGUGGAGCAUCGUCUUACAACAAACCAAAGGCUAAUCGUGUUCCUCCAAGUUUCAAACCGAGUGUACCUUCUUCUUAUCCUACUGAAAGUUAUCCUCUAAGGUCUAGUCCUGCACCAUCCGCCACAACCUCAGCUUCUGAUAACCAGGUACCUCCAAAAAUGUGA